UCGGCGGUCGAUCGUGCUGCCUGGGUUCUCCGCGUUCCUCCAGCGCUGCCUUUUUGGUCCCCACGUGGGCUCCAGGGUGAUGGCGGCGCUGGUAGUGUCCGAGACAGCGGAGCCGGGAAGCCGAGUCGGCCCUGGCAGAGACCUCCAGAGAUUUGGACCUGUUUAAGAGAUUCUGCGGGGAAGCCGGCGAGUCUAAGCUAGUUUGUCCAAGAUCAUGAAAACAACUGACCGAAGAAGACCCUGACCGCGGAAAUAUUUAAAUAUGAUCUCAGCGCUCGGGCCUACCAGGCUAUAGAGUUCUUCAGUACACUCCACCACCACAGAUGAAAGCACGGGUCUAGGAGGAUCCCCCCCAUCAUAGGCGCCCUAGCAGAAGUUCUGGUACAUAACAUAGGCUCUGUAGGUCGAAUCUCUCGGGGUCGACUGGCCAAUCAGAUCCCCCCUGAGAUCCUAAACAAUCCCCAGCUACAGGCUGCUGUCCAAGCUCUGCCUUCUAACUACAACUUUGAGAUCCCCAAGACCAUCUGGAGGAUACAGCAAGCCCAGGCCAAGAAGGUGGCUUUACAAAUGCCAGAAGGCCUCCUCCUCUUUGCCUGCACCAUUGUGGAUAUCUUGGAAAGGUUCACAAAGGCCGAAGUGAUGGUGAUGGGUGAUGUGACCUACGGGGCUUGCUGCGUAGAUGACUUUACUGCUAGGGCCUUGGGAGUCGACUUUCUGGUGCACUAUGGUCACAGCUGUCUAGUCCCCAUGGACACGUCAGUCCAAGACUUCCGUGUAUUAUAUGUCUUUGUGGAUAUCCGGAUAGAUACUGCCCACCUUCUGGACUCAGUCCGCCUCACCUUUGCCCCAGGCAGCUCACUCGCUCUGGUCAGCACCAUUCAGUUUGUGUCAACUUUGCAGGCAGCUGCACAGGAGCUGAAAGCUGAAUAUCAUGUCAGUGUCCCACAGUGCAAGCCCCUGUCCCCUGGGGAGAUCCUAGGCUGCACAUCCCCUCGACUACCCAAGGAAGUGGAAGCUGUUGUGUAUCUUGGAGAUGGCCGCUUCCACCUGGAGUCUGUCAUGAUUGCCAACCCUAAUGUCCCUGCUUACCGGUACGACCCGUAUAGCAAAGUCCUAUCCAGAGAGCACUACGACCAUCAGCGCAUGCAGGCCACUCGGCAGGAAGCCAUUGCUGCUGCACGCUCAGCCAAGACCUGGGGCCUUAUUCUGGGAACUUUGGGCCGCCAGGGUAGUCCCAAGAUCCUGGAGCACUUGGAAUCUCGGCUCAAAGGCUUGGGGCUUCCCUUCGUGAGACUUCUGCUCUCUGAGAUCUUCCCCAGCAAGCUCAGUCUACUUCCCAUGGUGGAUGUGUGGGUGCAGGUGGCAUGCCCACGCCUCUCCAUUGACUGGGGUUCAGCCUUUCCCAAGCCACUGCUGACACCUUACGAGGCGGCCGUGGCCCUGAAGGACAUUUCCUGGCAGCAGCCCUACCCCAUGGACUUCUACGCCGGCAACUCCUUAGGGCCAUGGACAGUGAAUCACGGUCGGGACCCUGGACCCCGGGGUCUCGGCCAGCCGGCGUCGGGCAAGGUACAGCAGGGUUUCAGAGGCCAGUCUCCAGCCCCGGCCUGUGAGGGUUGUAGCUGCGCAGACCUGAAGGCUGCACUGCCGGCUUCCUGAGACGUCUCGAGUCGCAGGGCCCGGUGCUCCGGAGGAGCAACCUCGAGGCUGGUGGUUUUCUGAACAGGAAGCAGAUGUUUUCUACGCGCUGGAAGAGCCUACAGCAUGCAGGGGUUUGGAGAAGGCCCUGGAAACUGUGGCACAGGCCCUGGACAC